GUCGGCGGUGAGUAUGGAGGCGGCCCUCGGACGAAUCGUGAGGCUGCUGCCCCGCGAGUUGACCCUUUGCUUUGCAUACGGAUCGGGGGUGGUUCGGCAAGCGGGACAGACUGGGCCGAAGGUUCUCGACGUGGUGGUCGCGGCGCCAAACGCUUUGCUCUUCCACUUGGAAAACAUGCGGCUCAACCCGCACCACUACUCCUCGGUGCGGCACUUUGGGCCGGGGCUGGCCGCCCGGGUGCAGGAGUCGGGCGCCGCCGGCCUCUACUACAACACCCUGCUACCCUUGGGAAACAGCGAAGGCCGCAUGUUUAAAUACGGCGUCGUGUCGGCGCCCACCCUGAUCGGCGACUUGCUCGAUUGGAACGCCCUGUACCUUGCCGGACGCUUGCACAAGCCCGUCUCCCUUCUCAAGGAGCCCGAGGCGCCGGACUUGGCCAGGGCGUUGCGGCAGAACCUCCACAGCGCCCUUCACGCCGCCCUCUUGCUGUUGCCAGAGACUUUUUCUGAAAAGGAACUGUACAUGGCAAUAACAAACUUAUCUUACGACGGCGAUUUUCGAAUGAUCGUUGGCGAGAACCCCAACAAGGUCAAGAACAUCGUCGAAGGCCAGAUGGAGCUCUUUAGCCAGCUGUACGCGCCAGUCGUGGCUGCUCAAUCGAAUUAUGUUGAGAUCUCGAACGGUGAAGGGUGCCAAGACACUAGUGCCACAGGAAAGCUGUACCAUCUGACCCAGCUUCCGAGAAUGCCUCAGGUGCUCUUAGCUCGUAAUUGGAACCAGCAGUCGAGGAGGAAGCUGGACUCGGAGGACACGCUGCUCGCCCUUGCUCACAGUGCAGACACUGACAUUGCCUUGAGAAAAGUGCUGAGACAGAUAGUGUGGAAUUCUAGUGUUGGGCAGGCAUUGAAAGGCAUCAUCACAGCAGGGCCAAUCAAGUCGAUCAAAUAUUCCAUGGCCAAAAUAGCAAAGAUGUGGCAGAAAAAUUAGAUAGAUUAGACAGACUGAAUAUUCAAUUAAUUGUUAUGUUAUUAAAACGUUGAUAUCUUAAAUAA